CUGUCAGUCGCCGCGGUUUUGGAAUAAAAAUUAGCAGCAAAACAAUUGGGUGCGAAUGUGAAGAUGAGAUAAAGUAAAGCGGAACGAAUGUGCUUGUUUCGUGUUUUUCCGCAGAAAGCACGUCCCAUAUAAGGAUCAUUUAAUAGUCCAAAGGGUAUGUGAAGCCUCGACAGGAACAAGAAAAAACCAAACAUAAUGGCAUGGCAGAACAAUUGGCCAGGGAACCCGCAGGCCAUGAUGGGUCCAAGAUAUCCUCCGCCGGUGGGCAAUGUUCGUCCGGCAGCGCCCAGUGCACCGGUACCUAGUUAUGGAGCAGCAAAUACCGAUCAGUACAAUCAAUGGCAGUGGCAGCAGUACCAGCAACAGUACGCCCAGUGGUACGCAAUGUACGGCGAGAAAUAUGCACAGCAAACAGGCAACGCACUGCCUCCCGUUGCCUCACCGAUGCCGCAAGCUGGGCCGAAUUUCGCGGUUAAUCCCUACGCUGCGGCACCACUACCGGUUGGACCAGCGUUUGGUUCGAUGGGCAUGGUUGCUCCCCCACCACCCGCAGAACCGCAUCCCGAUGAGCUGAAAAUGAGCAGAGCUGGUGGGAAACCACCUCCUCCGGAAGAGAAGAGUCCCGAGGAGAUCGCUUUCGAUGAGCAAUUUCGAAAGUGGGAACAGGAAUUUGAGACAUGGAAAAAAACCAACAUUAACCAUCCGGACAAAGCGGCGUACAGAGAGUACGAACAGAAGUAUGAGGAGCAGCGCAAGAAGCUGCUGGAUCACCGCGAACAACUGCGCCGGCGAAGGAAUGGAUCGCAGCACGUUACGGGUCAUGCUACUCGUAAUACGUCCCAAGCCACAACUUUACAAAAGCCACCGCUACCACCACCGCCACCAUCCUCUCAACCACCACCUCCACCACAGCCAUCACAAUCCUUGCAGCCACCAGAACCACCCGCAGAACCAGCAGCGAAGGAAUCAGCCUCCUACAUUAUGCCAACGGAAGAAAGUACUCAGAGAGAAAGAAACGAUAUGCAUAUACAAAAUCUGUUCAGCGGUUCGGGCAAGGCUGCUCGUGGCGAUGGUAUCCCUGGAUUGGAUUUGAUCGAUGAUGCACCUCCGCCAAUGCCGAAAAAAGCGAAACUCGAAGAUCCGGUCAUCGAUUUGUCGAACGACGAGGAAGAAGUCAAGCAAAGCGAGCCAAACACCAACUCGAACAAAAACAUGAUCAGUACAUUGUUGAACGAUCCUAACGUGAACGCACUGCUGCAACUGGUGGGGAAAACGAUUUCCGGGAACGGCGCAGGAGUUGGUUCUGGUAGCACAGCCAAUCCGCUGGUAGCAGCUUUGGCCCAGCUCUCAAACAAUUCAAAUCUGGAUAGAACCAACUCCGUGGAAAGGUCUCCGAAUGACGCGAAUGAAGGAGGGGCAAUACAUCACACGAACACGUCUCGAACGUUUGACUCCCAUAUUAACGGACCGAACGAUCGGGGGCUGCUUCCGUCUACAAGCGGUGCUUCACCGCACCAUAACACGAUGGUGAGAGAAGAAAGGCUUUUACCGCUCAAUAACACGCAGGCAUUCAAUCCGCGCAUACCGCCGCCACUGCUUGACGUUGACUUGACCCGACCGCCGCCUACGAUACGAUCAGCUAACAAGUCGCAGCGCGAUAGAUUUGGUCGCAGUUCGGGUUCAGUGCCGGAGAAUGGAUCCUCGUUUAUCGAUGGUUAUACGGGUGACGGGUCGCCAUUAGCGAAAAUGCCACGCUUCGAUUUCAGACCACCGCCCCAGGCUCCAGCGCACAAGGAGUACGAAGUGGAUCCGGAGCUGGGUCGUCCGGUGGCCGUGCCCAAACCGGACUGGAUGACCGAGGAUGAAUAUCAGGAAAUUUACGAUCGAUACGAGCAUGUGCAAAGCUUCGAUGAACGGAAGAGCAAAAUGUUGUUGGCGAUCCAGGUGCUGAAGCAGAGAAAAGUUCGCAUCGGUACGCUCGUGGUAGAUGAACCGAAGCGGACCGUCGUGGGAAUGCCAAAGCCUUUGCCACCGGUGAAGGAACUGAUAAAAAGUGAACCGGCCGAUGAUUAUUUCAAACCGCAGCAGGUAUUUGAUUACUCCAACUGUAGGCCGGCUGGACGUGUCAUAGACUAUGGCCACCGUGGAAGCACUCAACACGGCACGAACAAUAACAGAUUUAACAGGCGGGAUGAAUUCCACAUUCGUGAAGGCAUAAUAGAUCGGCAGAUGUUGGCGGGUAACGAAAAUGGAUUCGUUAGCAAUGCCCAGCGGUUUGAUUAUAAUCAUUCGCGCGUCGCUAGUAAUGUAGGGCCAGCAGCGCCCGCGCAGCCAAAUAAACCGUGGCCGCAAACCAAUUCGACCGCUUCGCACGAUCGAACGGUGUCUGGUUUGGAGCGAUUGGCGCAAAUGCAUCUCAAUCCCAAUCCGGAGGAAAGUAAUCCCAACUAUCCGAGCAAGUUCCUGCUGAUAAACGAUAAUCGCCCCAACUGCCUUAGUACCAAGCGCGCAAAGCGGCCGUCGUCCAUACGCAAGCAGAAGCUGAAGCAAAUGCAACAGCAGCAACAGCAACAGCAACAGCAGCAGGAACAGCAACAACCAGCACCGAAUGAGAAGCCAACUUCGAACACCGUUGCUUGCAAGCAGGAACCGGAACUGUUGCUAGAAGACUUGAGCUCGGACGAAGACAUCGGGCCGGACGAUGGCUUUGCCUAUCAGAGCAAUGACGAAAGCGCAAAGUCAAGCGCAAUCAAGCAAGAACCACCGGACGAACGGUCCGAAUCGACGGUAUCGUCGUUAUCUUCGCAUAAUCAUACCGCCUCCCGGAUGGUUGACAUCGACGAACUUUUGCUGCCACCGGGACGCUUCCUCCGUCCGCCUAGAAUAUGUUUUCUGAUCCGCGGUCUACCGGGCAGCGGCAAAUCGCACCUGGCGCGUUUAAUCAAAAACAAGGAGCAAGCCUUCGACCAAUCGCCACGAGUGCUGAGCCUCGACGAUUACUUUCUGGCGGAGCGAGAGGUGGAAGAGAAGGAUCCAGUGACGGGUAAGGUAGUGAAGGUGACCCGAUCAGAGUACGAGUACGAUGCGGAAAUGGAGGAUAUCUACAUUCAGAAUUUGAUCAAGGCGUUUAAGCGGACCAUUUCCGAGCGUCUGUUCAAUUUUGUGAUCGUUGACUGCUGCAACCACCGGCUGGAAACGUAUUGUGAGUUUCAUAACUACGCCCGGAGCAAUGGUUUUAAGGUUUUUACGUGCACAAUGCAGACCGAUGUUGAAGAUUGUGUGCGGCAGAACAUUCACAAGCGCACCGAGCAAGAGAUUCAGGCGUAUGCCGACAAUUGGGCUCUGGCUCCCGAAGAGCACGUGCAAAUCAAUUUCAACUCUCUGCUCGAACCGGAACUGCCGGCGGAUACGGAUACGACAGUGGCUGACAUGGAGCUUGCCGCAGAGGACGAGGAGCGCCCGUACGUCGAAGAGGACAGAGCCCAACCGGAACAAACCAGCACAUCACACGACGACAGCAACGACAGCCCGGUGGAGGGUAUGGCUGAGUGUGACAUGUUCGCGAGUAAAUGGGACCACGACACCAGUGAGCAGAACUUAGCGAGGCUCGACGGCAUCAGCAAACCCCUGAAGCGGCCCCCUACUCUUGAGGACUAUUUGCAGCUGGACGAUGUGAACGGCGAGAACGAGGAGAGCGAAACGCAAGGCGGUGGAAAGAAGAAGCGUGUCCGUUGGGCCGAUGUCGAGGAGCGCAAGGCGCAGGAAAAGAUGCGCCAGCUAGGGUUCGUCGUUGGCGUAACGGAUUGGACGCGCAUGAUGGACCCGUCCGAGGGGAGCAGUGCGCUCACGCAAACGAAGUACAUCGCCAGAAUAAAGCGACAGCCGUAGGCGCGAAGGACGACGCGGAAGACGAUCGUCGUCAUUAUUUGCAAUACUGUACAUCAUGAGAAUGUAGGAAUGGUGGCCAGUGGAAUGGCGUGUUUUGCUCCAAUGUCUAUCCCCCAUCUUCUCGUUGUAGGUAGCUUCCGCCAGCAACGAGAGAACUGCGCUGCUUUGGUCGAAUGAAAUCCUGCCUGGGAAAUGAAAGAAGAGUAAUAUGUUGUGUUUCCUGUACGCUGCACGGUACAACAGAAACGCGGUGUAAUUUAAAUACCGAUCUGAACUAAUUUCUAUCACUCAAGCUACGCUAGCUCAAUUGAUGUAUUACAAGUGUCUAAUAAACCAAACGGAUACGAAGUUGGCGGUACAGACAG